GUUAAAAUGAAAAAUAGUUCGAAGAACCUUCUGGCUUCAGAGAAAGAAGUCAUAAAUGCUAUUCAAGAUUUCUCAAAAAAGCUCCAAAAAGUUCAGAUUAAUAGUGAUCUAGUUGAGCACUUUUUAACUAAGGUCGGCCAUUUUGCGAAACUACCUUCGAAAUGAGAUACCAAAAUUGUUGAUUCUUUCCUUGUUAAUCUUGUGAGUAUUCUCAGUAUCAGCUCUGAUUCAAGUAGUUCAGUGAAGGCAUUGGAGCUAUUAUUCACAUUCCUUAAAAAUGACCCUCAGGUGUAUGCCAGAUUUAAGCCAGAUAGGGACAUUUUACAGAAAAUAAAUCUAGACUCAUUCAUUGAUUCAAGUGUUUCUGAUGAGAGGAAUUUAGCUCUAAAUUUUACCUCCUUCUUGCUUCGAUAUCACCAAGAUCUUGACUACAAUGAUUUCUCAGAAGAUGAGCAUGUUGUUAAAGCCAUUCGAAGGGCAGAAAUGUACCGAAACUGGGUCGAUAUUGAAGACCUUGCUACUGGAUAUGAGUCUCUUCAUAAAAACAGUGAUGCUUCUAGCAAAGCUUUUCAGGAGAUUUUAGCACUUAUCGAUCAAGUUAAGGAUGAGUUGAGCGGAAAGAUUGCUGUUAACCAUAAUCAGAUAGCUGAAAUUGAUGAAAAGAAUCAAGAAAUGAGUGGUAUUUUUGACAUUGUAAAAGGCCUAAAACAGGACUUCAAAGGAUUAGAAUCUGACACAGAGCAUGCUAUAGUGGAUAGUAACAAAAUGUUGAAAGAGAUGAUAGCAACGUUCGUAUCAGAUAAGAUCAAAGACAUUGAGUUUUCCAUCAACUCUAAAAUAAUGAGCCGGAUCGAAGCUCUUGAAAAUAACUCCGAUGUUCAUAAGAAACAUUUGGAUAAUAUGGAAGAACGGUUUGAGAUCCUUCGUGCUAAGGUUGAUAAGUCAGACUCCAUCAUCAAGAACACUCAUGAUGUCGUUGAGAAGUUGGAUACAAAAGUCAAAAGGAAUUCGGGUAUUAUGAAUGAGACCAAGAAGUUGCUUAUCAAGACUAUUGAAAAUGACCCUUGGAAGCAAAUUGAUUUCCCUGCUCAUGAAAAGUCUUUAAAAUAAGUGCGAAGAAGUGCUAGCCAUCCUGGAAGAAGACCUUGAAGUCUUCAAGAGAGACACUGAGAUUAAGCGAGAGGCUGAUGUCAAUGAUAGUACUAGGGCUAUCAAGGAUCUUACCAAGAGAAUCUCUGAGAUAACUACUGAGUCAUCUGGCAAGUUCUCAGAUUUGUACAGACUCCAUUCUGAUUUGAGGAAGAAGAGUCAUAAUAUUGAAAGUAUCGCAGAUGAUUACUCAAAAUUAUUAGAGAAUUUCAAAUCUCAGAUUUAUGUUAUCGUCCAGAACAAAGUUAAUGAAAGCCUAGGAAGCUCGAAAGAUAUGAAGAAGAAAAUGGAUCUGAUUAUAGAAGAGACAGAGGAACUUUGGAGUUUCAACCAGAAAUUCAUAGAUGAACAUGCUGUAGACCAAGAAAGGAUUAUAGAAGCAGAUGACCUCUCAAUUACAAGGAAAAUGGAAGCUUUAGAGUGGUUCGCUAGAUAUUCUGAAUUCUUAACACCCGAUCAUGCUUAUAAUGGAAUCAUGACUUUUAAGAACACAUAUUUGAGAGGCCCACAUAAAGAUUCUUUUAUAAAUUAUGAGCAUGGCAAUGAUUCGAUCAUCUUGGUUCUUGAUAUGAUUGAAAAGUCGUUGAUCGAAUGAAAGAAUUUUGCAAAUGAUAAAAGUUUGAAAUAAAUUUGAAACUAGAUUAGCCACAAAACUCAAUAUCCUCGAACCUCUCCUAGUCAACUACCAAAACCUCGACCUCGGUGUAAACCGGGGUGCUGUUGAACUCCUCUGAAAAACCAUCCAAACACAAACGGUGAGCGAAGACAACCCCAAUCCCGCUUUCAAAGUCUACCUCAAGUACUCCUUACGCUGCAUGACAAUGUGUUUGCGGUCCAAAGUCGCACUUGAAAUUUUCCUUGAGUCUAAGCAAACCUUCAACACGAUCUUAGACUUCAUCUCCAUUUUCGAGGAUGAAGAGGUGGUCGCGAACGCAGCUAAAAUUCUGAAAAUGAUGAUGAACGAUCCUGACAAGGUCGUUAUGGCUUAUAAGAGCUAUAAUAUCGCGAAGUUGCUGGUCUUCGCGAUUUCGAAAUUUAUUGAUAAGAGUGAUCUGGUCGUACUUGAGCUGAUGGGCGCACUGGAGAGGUACACUAGGAACCAGGAUUAUGUGGAGGACUUGCCACAGGAUAUGAUCGAGGUUAUAGUGGUGGUGGCCAGGAAGAAAUUUGUAGAGAACCCAGCGGUCCAGGUGUUGAGGAAUAUAGCCAAGAAUCCGAAAUUUGAGCACCUUGUGAGGGAUUAUAUUGAAGAAGAAUCUGAUGAGUAAAAAUUGGGGUUUUUAAGCAAUUUUAGGGA